UUCGCCACGUGGGUGGCGCUGUGGGUUAAACCACUGAGCCUAGCCCUAGGGCUUGCCGAUCAGAAGGUCGGCAGUUCAAAUCCCAGUGACGGGGUGAGCUCCCCCUGCUCGGUCCCAGCUCCUGCCAACCUAGAAGUUCGAAAGCACGUCAAAGUGCAAGUGGAUAAAUAGGUACUGCUCCAGCGGGAAGCUGAAACUCGACGAGGUGAACGGCACGGCGGCCGGGAAGCGUCUCCACGCCGUGCUGGAGGACCUGACGGAGAUGGAGAAGGUCUUAAAGGACGUGGAUAUCCUCUCGGCGCUGGCCAAGCUCCUGCCCAAGGGUGCCUGCUCCUCCAGGCCGCCCGCCGCCACCUCCAACAGCACCAGCUCCGCCGGGAACUUCACCUCCGGCACCAACGCCAGCGCCGAGGAGGGCAAGGGGGAGAGCGAGGCGCCCGCCGAAGACCCCCAAGGGCAGUGCUCGGCCUUCGUCCAGCUUUGGGCCGGCCUGCAGCCCAUCCUCUGCGGCAACAACCGGUGAGGCCAAGCGGCCCAGAGCCCCACGGCUAUGCCAGAGGGGUCCGCAAGAUGCGAUUAGA